ACACGGACCAAAAGGAAACAACUUUUACACACAGUCAAGACGAGGCAGAAAGAGACAACUUCUCUCAUAGAAGACUACUAUGAAACUACCAGCGGCGGCUGCAGCAGAGAAGACUGGAAUCACUGGGCCGAAUACUUUAACUAGCUGCCGACUUCUCACGGUGAACUGGGCGCGGUACGACUCAAAGUGAAAGCAACUCUCCAGUCGGACUGACUUCCCCAUUCUGCUUGCUGCGUUUGAGGCUUCGCUCAAGGACAAAAUGUCUGCCAGGUUGGACGAGGAUCUCUGCUGUCCUGUGUGCUGUGAUAUCUACAACGAUCCGGUUGUUCUGGCGUGCAGUCACAGCUUCUGUAGAGACUGUGUGAAGAACUGGUGGAGGGGCAAACAGAUUAAGGAGUGUCCAUGCUGUAAGACUAGGUCCUUAAGCAGUGAGCCUCCUCGUAACUUGGCCUUGAAGAACCUGUGUGAGGCCUUUUUACUGAAGAGAGAUCAGAACGGUCCAGAGAAGGUCUGCAAGCUGCACUCUGAGAAGCUCAGACUCUUCUGCCUGGACCAUCAGCAGCCAGUGUGUCUCGUCUGCAGAGAUUCAAAAUCACACAACAACCACAAAUUCAAACCCGUCGACGAGGCUGCAGAGGAUCUCAAAGAGGAGAUCCAGAAGUACCUGAAGCCCUUGAAGGAAAAGCUGAAGCUUUUUGAAGAAGUAAAAGGAAACUGUGAUCAAACAGCAGCACACAUGAAGGUCCAGGCCCGACACACAGAGAAGAUGAUUAAGGACCAGUUCAAGAAGCUUCACCAGUUUCUAGAGGAGGAAGAGGAGGCCAGGAUCUCUGCUCUGAGGGAGGAAGAGGAGCAGAAGUGUCAGAUGAUGCAGGAGAAGAUGGAGGCACUGAGCAGAGAGAUAGCAGCUCUUUCAGACACAGUCAGAGCCACAGUGGAGCAGCUGAGAGCAGAAGACGUCUCCUUCCUGAACCACUACAAGGCUGCACUGGAAAGAGUCCAGCAGCGCCCCCUGCUGGAGGACCCACAGCUGCCAUCAGGAGCUCUGAUAGACCAGGCCAAACACCUGGGCAACCUGACCUACAACAUCUGGAUCAGGAUGAAGGACGUGGUCUCCUACAGUCCUGUGGUUCUGGACCCAAACACUGCCGACCCAGGACUCAUCCUGUCUGAAGAUCUGACCAGUGUGACAUUCGGAGAACCACAGCCGCUUCCCAAGAACCCGGAGAGGACCAGGUUCUCCUGCUCCGUCCUUGCCUCGGAGGGCUUCAGCUCGGGGACUCACAGCUGGGACGUUGCGGUCGGGAACAACAAGGACUGGGAGCUGGGCGUGUUGAGAGACAACAUCCAGAGGGGCGGAUGCCUACAGUCCGGAUUGUGGAGGAUUUCGUUUUCCCAGAGCAAAAUGACGGCGCUCUCCACUUGGGAUCAAGAGAAAGAUCUGCCAGCGAAGCAGAGGCUCCAGAAGGUCAGAGUUCAUCUGGACUUUGAGGAAGGAGAACUGUCAUUCUCUGAUCUUAACACUGACACGCACAUUCACACCUUCAAACACACCUUCACAGGCACGUUGCUUCCCUACAUUUACACCGAGAACCCCCUCCCUCUGAAGGUUUUACCAAGAAAGAUCUUUGUGACUUCAGGAAAAGCAAAGUAAGAGGUCAUGAGGGUAAAAGAUGAUAGUUACGUAUCUCCUGCAGACCGAACCAGUGAAAUACUACGUACUACGGAGAAUUACUAUGACAAAGCACAGAUGGAAGGAGUGACACAUGUUACAUGUGACCGGAGCACUGGUCUGAUGAGUCCGAAGGAAAUCUCUAAACUUACUUUAAUAAUUGAUCAAUAAUCAAAAUUGCAAAUAGAAAAUAUUCAAGGUAGUGGGGAGGUGGAGGGCUUGAUAUCGACUUCAGGAACCAAUAUCCAAAUAACGGGGGAGGGGGAUUUCAGUACAUUACCUUGAGGAAUGUAUGUAAAAAUGAAAUAAACUGUGUAAUUUUAAUAAUUAAAGGAUUUGUGAUUUUAUCUCAAUGAUUUCGAUGGAUACAUUUAAUUCUGAGGACUGAAGGGGCCUAAAUGUGUCAGAAUAAUAAAUUAAACAAAACUAUCUGGA